GACGUCAGCACGCACGGCGUCGGUGCGUGCGCGCCCAGAGGUUCCGCCCGGCGGCAGUGCCAGCGGAGCUUGCGGGUGCGGGUGGGACCGGGUUUUGGCUGUGGGCCCGGGGGCGGCGGGGGCCGCGGAGUGAGGGGCCGGCUGAGCCCACCACCUCGCUGGGCCCUCCCUGGCGCCCGGCCUCGGGCGGCGGCGAGCGCGCGGGUCGCCAUGUCGUACAUGCUCCCGCACCUGCACAACGGCUGGCAGGUGGACCAGGCCAUUCUCUCCGAGGAGGACCGCGUGGUCGUCAUCCGCUUCGGCCACGACUGGGACCCCACCUGCAUGAAGAUGGACGAGGUCCUAUACAGCAUCGCCGAGAAGGUGGUGGCAUAAACAUCAGCUGGUGUUCAGAUCCUGCUGCCGGCAGCUCGAGGCUAGGAUGGCUGGCGAUGUGAGGGCCUUUGUCUCAUCACAUCCAGGCAGAGCUCAGCAAGAUGCUCUUAGCUAGGAAACAGAUUUUAUGUGUUAAUGUUAAAAAUUUUGCAGUUAUUUAUCUUGUGGAUAUUACAGAAGUACCUGACUUCAACAAAAUGUAUGAGUUAUACGAUCCUUGUACUGUCAUGUUUUUCUUCAGGAACAAGCAUAUCAUGAUUGACUUGGGGACUGGCAACAACAACAAGAUUAACUGGGCCAUGGAGGACAAGCAGGAGAUGGUGGACAUCAUAGAGACUGUGUACCGCGGGGCCCGCAAAGGCCGCGGCCUGGUGGUGUCCCCCAAGGACUACUCCACCAAGUACCGUUACUGAGGCACCUCAGUCUGCGCGGAUAAGAUAAACGUCCUGGAGCCGUUUUUGUGCGGAAAUGUUUUAAGCUAUUUAAAGCCUUUGGAAAAUACAGGAAGCUCGAGGGCUGGAGGACCUCUGAGAUGGAAUUGAUUACAUGGUCUUAACUCACCAAAAUAAACAAGCACGUGGUGAGAGGAGCAGGCCUACUUGUUUGUUCUCAGGAAACUUGAUGAAUAGAUGACUGAUAUUUCCUAGUCAAAGUUAAUUCUUAUCCUUGGAGUAAAACGAAGGUGUUUAUCCUGUGA